UUGUAACUCUCAUUAAAAAGAUAUAAGGGCUGCAUGGGUCUUUUCUAAAGAGGAGAUAAUUUGAGCUAAUAUUGAGGGGAGGGAAGUAGGGUUAUUUAGAUUUUUAGUAUUUACUAUUUUGUCUAGAUUAAUGAUUAGUGACCUUGGGGCUAUUGAUCUGAGGAAUUUCUUGCAGAUGCUUGAGAGCAUGGGUUUCUUUUCACUGAUUGCAGAUCAAGCCUGGUCAGCUCUUCUAUUCAGAUUGGACGGUCCCAUGCAUUGUGGCAAGUUUUCUCUAGCUCUUAUUUCCCCAUGGUGUAUGUUAACCUCUGCUAGAUGAAACCUUUGGCUAUUUAAGGCAUAUUUGUUGCUCCUUUAUCCCGUUGAAAAGUUUUGCAUUUGUGUUACCUGUUUAAAAGUAGGGGCAGAUCUGAUGGAUCUUGUACAAUGCAGUUCUUAUUCCGUUUCCUUCAGAAGUGGACACAGAGGGCCAUAUGUGGUUGCUGUAAAGAAGAGGAUGGUUAACAACCUGCUAUCAAAAGGAGAUGUGAGACAGGGUGUUGAGUCUGACCUGACAAUGCAGUUCUUAAACCAAAGGGCCAUUAUGCUUCUCCUCUCUGAGAAUCCUGACUUGCCUCAACAAUGGAGACAUGGCACAGUAGCCAGCUUGGAGACUUCUCAGCCAAUGCUCUGAGAUCAAGUCGAAGACCCAACAUACAGGGUUUUGAGCUCAUCUUCAUCAUUCAUAUGAGGAAAUCAGUGGUAAAAUCCUUGGAAAUACAAUGAGACUCAUCAGAAACAUUUACAUAUUUUGUAGUAUUGUUAUGACAGUAGAGGGCGAUGCUCCGGAGCUACCAGAAGAAAGGGAACUGAUGACCAACUGCUCCAACAUGUCUCUAAGAAAGGUUCCCGCAGACUUGACCCCAGCCACAACCACACUGGAUUUAUCCUAUAACCUCCUUUUUCAACUCCAGAGUUCAGAUUUUCAUUCUGUCUCCAAACUGAACGUUUUGAUUUUAUGCCAUAACAGAAUUCAACAGCUGGAUCUCAAAACCUUUGAAUUCAACAAGGAGUUAAGAUAUUUAGAUUUGUCUAAUAACAGACUGAAGAGUGUAACUUGGUAUUUACUGGCAGGUCUCAGGUAUUUAGAUCUUUCUUUUAAUGACUUUGACACCAUGCCUAUCUGUGAGGAAGCUGGCAACAUGUCACACCUGGAAAUCCUAGGUUUGAGUGGGGCAAAAAUACAAAAAUCAGAUUUCCAGAAAAUUGCUCAUCUGCAUCUAAAUACUGUCUUCUUAGGAUUCAGAACUCUUUCUCAUUAUGAAGAAGGUAGCCUGCCCAUCUUAAACACAACAAAACUGCACAUAGUUUUACCAAUGGACACAAAUUUCUGGGUUCUUUUGCGUGAUGGAAUCAAGACUUCAAAAAUAUUAGAAAUGACAAAUAUAGAUGGCAAAAACCAAUUUAUAAGUUAUGAAAUGCAACGAAAUCUUAGUUUAGAAAAUGCUAAGACAACGGUUCUGUUACUUAAUAAGGUUGAUUUACUCUGGGACGACCUUUUCCUUAUCUUACAACUUGUUUGGCAUACAUCAGUGGAACACUUUCAGAUCCGAAAUGUGACUUUUGGUGGUAAGGCUUAUCUUGACCACAAUUCAUUUGACUACUCAAAUACUGUAAUAAGAACUAUAAAAUUGGAGCAUGUACAUUUCAGAAUGUUUUACAUUCAACAAGAUAAAAUCUAUUUGCUGUUGACAAAGAUGGACAUAGAAAACCUGACAAUAUCAAAUGCACAAAUGCCACACAUGCUUUUCCCCAAUUAUCCUACGAAAUUCCGAUAUUUAAAUUUUGCCAAUAAUAUCUUAACAGAUGAGUUGUUUAAAAGAACUAUCCAACUGCCUCACUUGAAAACUCUCGUUUUGAAUGGCAAUAAACUGGAGACACUUUCUUUAGUGAGUUGCUUUGCUAACAACACACCCUUGGAACACUUGGAUCUGAGUCAAAAUCUAUUACAACAUAAAAAUGAUGAAAAUUGCUCAUGGCCAGGAACUGUGGUCAACAUGAAUCUGUCAUACAAUAAAUUGUCUGAUUCUGUCUUCAGGUGCUUGCCCAAAAGUAUUCAAAUACUUGACCUAAAUAAUAACCAAAUCCAAACUGUACCUAAAGAGACUAUUCAUUUGAUGGCCUUACGAGAGCUAAAUAUUGCAUUUAAUUUUCUAACUGAUCUCCCUGGGUGCAGUCAUUUCAGUAGACUUUCAAUUCUGAACAUUGAAAUGAACUUAAUUCUCAGCCCAUCUCUGGAUUUUGUUCAGAGCUGCCAGGAAGUUAAGACUCUAAAGGCAGGAAGAAAUCCAUUCCGGUGUACCUGUGAAAUAAAAAGUUUCAUUCAGCUUGAAACAUAUUCAGAGGUCAUGAUGGUUGGAUGGUCAGAUUCAUACACCUGUGAAUACCCUUUAAACCUAAGGGGAACUCAGUUAAAAGACAUUCAUCUCCCCGAAUUAUCUUGCAACACAGCUCUGUUGAUUGUCACCAUUGUGGUUACCAUGCUAGUUCCGGGGUUGGCUGUGGCGUUCUGCUGUCUCCACUUUGAUCUGCCCUGGUAUCUCAGGAUGCUAGGUCAAUGCACACAAACAUGGCACAGGGUUAGGAAAACAACCCAAGAACAACUCAAGAGAAAUGUCCGAUUCCACGCAUUUAUUUCAUACAGUGAACAUGAUUCUCUGUGGGUGAAGAAUGAAUUGAUCCCCAAUCUAGAGAAAGAAGAUGGUUCUAUCUUGAUUUGCCUUUAUGAAAGGUACUUUGACCCUGGCAAGAGCAUUAGUGAAAAUAUUGUAAGCUUCAUUGAGAAAAGCUAUAAGUCCAUCUUUGUUUUGUCUCCCAACUUUGUCCAGAACGAGUGGUGCCAUUAUGAAUUCUACUUUGCCCACCACAAUCUCUUUUAUGAAAAUUCUGAUCAUAUAAUUCUUAUCAUACUGGAACCCAUUCCAUUCUACUGCAUUCCCACCAGGUAUCAUAAACUGAAAUCUCUCCUGGAAAAAAAAGCAUACUUGGAAUGGCCCAAGGAUAGGCGUAAAUGUGGGCUUUUCUGGGCAAACCUUCGAGCUGCUAUUAAUGUUAAUGUAUCAGCCACCAGAGAAAUGUAUGAACUGCAGACAUUCACAGAGUUAAAUGAAGAGUCUCGAGGUUCUACAAUAUCUCUGAUGAGAACAGACUGCCUAUAAAAUCCCACAGCGCUUGGGAAGUUGGAGACCACAUACACUGUUGGGAUGUACAUUGCUACAACCUUUAUGAUGGCAAUUUGACAAUAUUUAUUAAAAUAAAAAAUGGUUAUUCCCUUCAUAUCAGUUUCUGGAAGGAUUUCUAAGAAUGUAUCCUAUAGAAACACCUUCACAAGUUUAUAAGGGCUUAUGAAAAAAGGUGUUCAUCCCAGGAUUGUUUAUAAUCAUGAAAAAUGUGGCCACGUGCAGUGGCUCACGCCUGUAAUCCCAGGACUUUGGGAGGCCAAGGCGGGUGGACCACGAGGUCAAGAGAUGGAGACCAUCCUGGCCAACAUGAUUAAACCCUGUCUCUAUUAAAAAUACAAAAAUUAGCUGGGCGUUGUGGUGCAUGCCUGUAGUCCCAGCUACUUGGGAGGCUGAGGCAGGAGAAUUGCUUGAACCCGGGAGGUGGUGGUUGCAGUGAGCCGAGAUCGAGCCACUACACUCUAGCCUGGUGACAGAGCGAGACUCCAUCUCAAAAAAAAAAAAAGAAAAAAGAAAAAAACAAGAAAGAAAAAUGGAAAACAUCCUCAUGGCCACAAAAUAAAGUAUAAUUCAAUAAAUUAUAGUACAUUAAUGUAAUAUAAUAUUACAUGCCACUAAAAGGAAUGAGGUAGCUGUAUAUUUACUGGUAUGGAAAAAACAUAUUAAUAUGUUAUAAACUAUUAGGUUGAUGCAAAACUAAUUGUGGUUUUUGCCAUUGAAAUGGCAUUGAAAUAAAAGUGUAAAGAAAUCUACACCAGAUGUAGUAACAGUGGUUUGGGUCUGGGAGGUUGGAUUACAGGGAGCAUUUGAUUUCUAUGUUGUAUAUUUCUAUAAUGUUUGAAUUGUUUAGAAUGAAUCUGUAUUUCUUUUAUAAGCAGAAAAAAACAAUAAAGAUGGUUUUUAAAGCCUACA